AUGGCCCCCAACAGAGUGCUCUCGUCUCCCUCUCCCCCCAGCAACGAGCCCGGCACCGUCCUCCUCGAGACUGCAAACCUCAUCAUCCGCCGCUGGCACCCCUCAGACGCCCCCGCGCUCGCCUUAGCAGCCAACUACCCUUCCAUCGCGUCCAACCUGCGAGACCGCUUCCCCAUGCCCUACACUCUAGCCGACGCAGAGAGCUACCUCACCAACUUCGUCUUCUCGGAGGAAGGCUACCCCCACGCCAUGGCAAUCUUCGUCAAGCCAAACUCUGGCCACAAUAGUUCCUCUGAGCCGCUUUUCAUUGGCGGUGCGGGCCUCGAGAGUAAGGGCGACGUGUACUAUCGCACGUGGGAGCUCGGAUACUGGUUCACGCCAUCGGCGUGGGGGAAGGGCUAUGCGACGGAGUUUGCAAAGGCGAUUGUGCCGUGGGCGUUUAAGACGUGGCCUAGAUUGAAUAGGAUUGAGGCCUUUGCGUAUGCGAGGAACGAGGCGAGUCAGAAAGUUUUGAGGAAGUGCGGAUUCGUUUUGGAGGGUGUGAGGAGAGGGGCUUUGGAGAAGGAUGGAGAGGUGCUGGAUGAGUGUGUGAUGGGGAUUCUCAGGAGUGAUAUUAAAGAAUGA